AUGCCUAAAGAAACAAACUCGGAUUUUCUUGGCUCUGCUUUCACGAACAUGAAGCUUGUGGGAACCGGUGGAAGCGGCGCAGUUUAUUCCGCCAUCGAUGUGGAAACCGACCAACGGGUUGCUCUUAAAAGACUUAUUCUUCGAGAUCGAAUGAAUUGUAGAGCAGCUCUCAGAGAAGUGAAGGCUUUGAAGACUUUAGAACACGAGAAUGUGGUGAAGUUAUUAAAAGUGGUGGACUCAGAAGGCAUGCCGUUCCUGGACGGCAUGGACGAACAUUUUAGAGGGGCGACCGAACUUUAUCUUGUAGAAGACUUGAUUGAUUCUGACCUACAUCAAAUCUUACAAAGUAAGGGAAAACUACGAGAAGACUAUGUGAAAUUAUUUUUAUAUCAACUGUUACGAGGACUGAAAUACAUCCACUCCGCGAACGUAGUUCAUCGUGACGUGAAACCAAGUAAUUUGCUAGUUGACUCUGAAACGUUACUCAUGAGAAUAGGCGACUUCGGACGAUCACGAAUUCUCGAUCCGGCUUACUCACACUACGGCCAUCUAACUCACAGCGUCUCGACCUUGUGGUAUAAAUCGCCUGAACUGCUGUUGAACGCAUCGACUUAUGACAGUUCGGUAGAUAUGUGGGCCGCGGGUUGCGUUUUUGCUGAGAUGUUACUGGGCAAACCCCUGUUCGAAGGGAGGCACGAAAUCGAUCAAAUGGAGCAAAUUUUGGACUCUGUUUGCCUUACGGAGGAAGAAUGGAUAGCCCUUAAACCACAUUUGCCAGAUAGAACGGCUAUGAAAAGGACUCAGGAGCAAGGAUCUGCUUUGGGAAGCAAGUUUCCUCACAUUGACAUCCAAGGUAAGGCCGGUUUUGUUGUCGGUUCGAACCAUGUAAACAUUGAAAUUAAUUUGCAUACUUGCGCGAUGGUCAAUUAUACUUACGUAACUUAAAUUUGUUUUUCUAUGAUUUUCGCCUUCUUAUGCGCUGUCGCCGUAAUUUUUUUCGUGUAUUUAUAAUGGAGCAAACCCGUUUUUUCUGAGCCUUCCUCUUUCUAUUCAAGAAUUCUCUCUGAUAUUUCGCUUGUAAUGCUCGCUUCAGAAUUGUACUUUGACACCCUAUGAAUAUUUCAUGAAUUCGAAAAUAAAAUACAAACAAAGAAAAAUUUUUUACAGGUAUCUAGGGUGUAUCUGCAGGGUGAAGUUGUCUUUUUAUACUGCCUAAAUUUUUACGAGUUCAAUUUAGUCUUUCGGAAUGGAUGUGGGUCAGAAUCUACGAAAUGAAAAUGCUCGAAUUGGGUGGUACUCUUGAAAAAAUUUCGUGAGUCAGGAAAUUGCUAAAUUUAACCAUGAUAAUAAUUGUUAAUGAACGGCCGUGAUAUCCCCUCUCGCCUGUUAUGUUUCGGAGUAAAAUUCGACUAUCGGGUCCAUUUACAAGAAACAUUCGAGAUUUUUUCCCCCUUUUUUGUGACUUUCUAGUGGCGCAACAGAUCGGCAAAAAUCACACCAUUAGACAAAAUAUUGUUUACGUUUCAGUGCAGUCGCGGGUGGCAAAGCAAUUUAUCUUUUCCUGUUCUCCUGAUGAUUUCUAUUUUCAUCUGUUCGAGUGAAUUCUACAUGUGAAGUAUUCAAAAGUAGUGGGAUGGUGAAUCGAUGCCAUGUUAGUUUUCCAGCGACUUAUUGGCGAAACAGAAAACCAUGCAGUUAUUAAUAUUCUUAAACCACAUACUGAACCCGAUGGAAUGUUUUGUGUGAUUGGUUGGCUAAUAAUAAAGAAAUGGAAAUAACAUAAAUGUUAAGCAUUCUAGCAAUACCCAACGAUUUACAUGCCCAGAAUCAGGCGCUGAAAGGGAACUAGUAAAGUUUCAGUAUACAAACAAAAAACACCCACGAAGAAGUGAAAUUCUUCAUAUCCCUGGAAACCAAGCUGUAAAUAUUGACACCUAGAACCUUUUAUGCUAAUUUUGUUCUAAGCUUCCUCUAGUUCUUAGCAAACAAAAUUCACACAUGCAUGAAUUUAUGUAUUUCAUAAGUUUGCUUAGGGGGAAAUCACUGAUUUGUCUCUGAGAGACUCUAACAUCUCUUUGCCUUAUAUAACAUUGUUGGUAUAAAUGUAAUGGUGAGUAUGUAGUAACAUCAUAACAUAAUUAACAAAUGACCACCACAUUUUCUUGAAGUAAUGUCAGCACUCAACCUUUGCCUCUUGUUAUUAUUUGCAGCUCUUGAUCUGCUGGUGAAAAUGCUGAAGUUCAACCCAGAUAAAAGAAUGACUGCAGAAGAAGCCCUUGCACAUCCUUACCUUCAUCAGUACUCAUUCCCUUCAGAUGAACCAAUCUGUUUCGAGCCAUUGCACAUUGAGGAUGAAGUUGGAGACUUUGAAGAGGGCACAUUGAAAAGCUGGAUUUUAGAAGAGUGUUCUUCAUUUGAAAGUAGUGGCUCUUUUGAAAGCUCUGUUCCAGAUGUUGUUGUUAAAGAAGUUGUUUUGGAGAAUCAAGAUACUGGAAAUGACAUAUUAUCUUUAAAGGACAUUAUGCAGGAGCCAGAAGCCCCUUUGCUGGACCAGUGCAAAACCCACAUUGAUGUGUCGGAGCGUUUGGGAUUGGAAACUUGCAAAGAAGGACUUGAAACUUUGGCUGCUGCUUACAAAAUCCAAAUGUCCUUAAAUGACACUGUUGAUCCUAAAGAUCAGGCAAAACUCUUUGAGUUUCAUCAUGCCAACAUGCCGUCAUCCAUUUUAGAUGGUAUGUUUGGCAAGGGUGCUUUGAAGGAAAAUGUGAACUUUACAUGUAAGAAAAACGUUUUUAAUGGACCAUUUGGAUUGUGUUAUUUUUAAAUGGUCACUAUUGAGUUUUUGUACUUGAGGAUUCACAUGAUUCACAUGUCUAAUCAAUGUUAGGGCUGGUUCAGCACCUUGAAACUUGCUAUGGUGCUUUACCUUGGUUUAGUGAAAGGGGUCAUUGUGUUGAAAAGUGAGUGUUUGUUCAUUGGAAAGUGUUGUGUUGUCUGAUUUUUAUUAGAAGCUAAAAUCUUAAGAAAGGAAAACAAAUUGGGAAACUAAUUGGAUUUUCCUGUAUGUAAUUUGAUUUAUUCUUUAUUUCUUUGUUAGUGUUUCCUUCAAGUACUUUGCCAUUCAUGGCUUAAUUUACUACUAAUUGUAUUUUAAAAAGUAUCCGUUAUCGCAUUUUGCCCUAUUUAAAGUAAUAGUUUUAAACAGUUAGGUUGUGCCCAACGAUUUCUUUUAUGUAUGCUCUUGAAACUGUAAUUUUAUUUAUUGGUGUUCAUUUUAAGCAAGUUCAUAAAAUAGUUAGUGAAGGACAGUUCAAUUUUUUUGUGUGUGUCAAUGGUAACUUUCUGUUUUUACUCUCUCUCAUUUUUUAAAUUCUUCAAUGGUUUUAAAGUUUCAUAAACAUAAUUUCAUAUUAUUUAAUUUUUUUUGACAAUUGUCAUUUGUAAGAAAAAAGAGAAAGAAAGAAAAAAAAAUUAAUAUUGAUUAAAUUGCAAUUUGCCUGGCAAAACAAAAGGAAAUCAUCCUUACUCAAGCUUGGCCCUUGAUGAAAUUAUGCUAACAAUUAUGGCUAUUAACAAGAAAAGACAGAUGUAUCAUAAUUUAAUUUAUCAUAAUUUAAUUUAUUCGGGAUGUGGGGGGUAUGAACGAAAAUGAAAAAUUUGCCAAAGAGCUCUUGUAUAUUAUGCCUGAGCUGUUCAGGGAAUUUUCUUUGGGAAAAUGUUAUUUUUUGUCAAACAUAUAAGGUCACAUCCUAUGUGAACGUUACAUUGUGAAUUAAAAUGUCGACGCUACGCUUAGAUUGAUGAGAAGCUUAAAUUUGUCAAUUCAGUGUAGAAAGAAGUGUUUAUAGUAGUUUAAAUUAUAUAAACCGUUGCAUUUACGCUAUGGCCGGUUAUUUAUGGUGCUGUGCCAAAAUAAAUUUUGCUAUGUUUGCUGUAGAAUUGAAGAAAUUAUUUGCUAAAUAAAUAACUAUGUUCACUUU